AGAGUUCAGCCACAGCAAAACAAACCCAGAGGAGUCCUGGAAGGGAAAGUUUUUAACUCUAGUUUUUGCUGUUUCAUCACUGGUGUGGAAAGGUUUUCACCUACCAGGAUCAGUUAAACAACAGAAACUAUGUCAUGAGCUAAAGACUCCGAAAGAGCAGCAUCCGCCAGUGACUAACAAGAAAUUUCAGAAUCCAUAACACUAAAUCAUGUUGGGGAAGAAACUGGUGACCGCACAGAAGCGAGGGGAGACCAGGGCAUUGUGCCUCGGACUAGGAAUGGUUGCAUGCUCAGUGAUGAUGUACUUUUUUAUUGGGAUCACAAUUAUGCCACCCUACGUGAACAGCGUUUGGACCAAAGAAACUACGUGCAAACUGCUCAAAACCAACAUUAAGGACAAAGUCCAAUGCUCGUUCAACAAUGGUGAAGGCGAUGAAAAAAUUUUCCAGUAUCCUUGUCUAGAGGUGUUGGUUGAUUUGAACUUCUCAGGACAAGAGGUUAUGCUCUAUCAUACCGAAGAAACGCAAGAAAGAAAUCCCAAGUGCUCCUAUAUUCCACAAAACUUGAAGAACGACAAAGAAGUUAAAACGCUAAUAGAAAGCGCCGCAGAAAAUUUCCGAAAGCAUCAGACUUUCCCUUGUUAUUACGACCCAGAACAAAGACAGACAAGUGUCAUUUUAAUAAGGCUAUAUCCUCCAAAGGGCCUUUUCUUCGCUUUCCUCUGGCCUUCCCUUAUGUUGACUGGUGGAGUUCUGAUUAUCAUCAUGGUGAAAGUCAGUCAAUAUAUUUCUGUUCUUUCUGCUUGGCAAUACAAAACAAACAUAUAAUGUUCCACAACAAAACAAGCUGAAGUUCCUUUUCCCCCACACUCUGCCUUCUCAGUCUGUACUUUGUAAUUCUUAAAAUGUACCAGGUUCAGUGGUCAGAGUUCUAGAGAAGAGACAUGUUGUCUGAGUUUAUAUACCAUAUAUUACCAUGAGACUGCUCUGAUGCCUACAUUGAUGACCUGUUCCCUGAAAAUGACUGUUGCUCUCCAUUCAGUUUCCAAUUCACUGCAGUAUACAAUGUGAAUCCAAAGUACUCCAUGUGUACUGUGUUUGACUAGCACUCUUGACAUGGAUAGCACAGCUAGGGUUGCCAACUUUUUUAAUUGCACAAAACUUGCCCCGCUCCUUCCACAAGGCUCCACCUUUGCCCCUUCUCUGAGGCCCCACCCCCCACUCACUCCAGCCCCCUCCCUCUGUCGCUCGUUCUCUCCCACCCUCAUUUACAUUGUCGGGGCAGUGGUUGGAGUGCGGGAGGGAGUGAUGGCUCAAGCUGUGGGUGCAGGCUCUGAGCAGAAAUAAGGGGUUAAGAGUGCAGGAGGGGGCUCAGGACUGGGGCGGUGUAGGCUCCAGCUGGUGGUGUUUGCUCUGGGGUGGGGCCAGGGAUGAGGUUGGGAGUGUGCUCAGGGCUGGGGAAGGGGGUUGUAGUGCGGGAGAGGGUGCAGGAUGCGAGUUCUGGGAGGGGGCUCAGAGCUGGGAUAGGGGUGCAGAAGGGAGUUGUGUGUGUGGGGAGGGGUUCCAAUCUGGGGCAGGGGGUUGGAGUGUGAGGUCUGGGUGGGGGCUCAGGGCUGGGGUGCAGGCUCUGGGAGGGAGUUAGGGUGCAGGAGAGGGUUCUGACAUAGGGCAGGGGGUUCAGGGAGCGGGCUCCAGCUAGGCGGUGCUUACCUCAGGCGGCUCCCACUCUGCAGCGCAGCAGGGGUAAGGCAGGCUCCCUGUCUGCCCUGGUUCCGCACUGUUCCCAGAAGUGGCUGGCCCCUAGGUGGAGGCGCAGCCAGGUGGCUCUCUGCGGUGCAUGCUGCCCACACCUGCAGGCACCACCCCCACAGCUCCCAUUGGCCAUGGUUCCCUGCCAAUGGGAGCUGUGGAGGUGGCGCUGGAGGGGGGUGGGGAUAGCACGCAAAGCUUCCCUGACCACCCCUGCACCUAGGGCCAGACAUUCUGGCCACUUCUGGGGAUCUGUGUGGAGCCAGGGGAGGCAGGGAGCCUGCCUUAGUCCUGCUCUGCUGCCCACCGGACUUUUAAAUGGCCCAGUCAACAGUGCUAACCAGAGCAGCCAGGGUCCCUUUUCGACCAGUCAUUCUGGUCGAAAACAGGAUGCCUGGCGACCCUAACCUCAGGUCCUUUCAUCAUGUAUUUUGUGAACGGAUGUGUCAGCUUCAAAAGAAAAAAAAAAUCAGAACUAAACUGCAGAUUUUAAGACCAUCAAGCACCAAUGGAAAAAAUAACCCCACUCUCACUGAAAUGUAAAGUUCCUUACUGUUUGCUGUACAAGAUGCAUGCUGAAACAAUAAAAAAAUCCCUCCACACAU